GCUACAGAGGGUUUCAGAAAGUCGACAUAAACGUCACUCAGCUUUUUCUUUAGGCCUACAAUCUGAUUUGACAGCUGUUAAUGACCAUAUAUUGCCCGUGAAUCUCUUAGAUGAAGAUUGAUUAAUGAAAAACUACCAUUUUUAUUUUUCAACUAGACGCAAAGAUGAACAGUGUGUUGGAAGGCCCUCUGAGGUUUCACCAAAGGUUAAUGAACAGGAGGCUGCACCCAUAAAACCAGUGUGUGCCAGUUUAGCAGAUCCAGUGAAAAAACAGUCAGUGGACUGGAAACCAAAUGGAAAGACAGAAGUGCAUACUUCCAUAAACUCUGAGUCCGAGUCAACAAAUCCCACGCUCAAAGCUCAAAGUUCCAACAGGCAACAGAAAUUAAAACCCAGUGGAAUGACAGAAGUGCUGAAUCCUUCUAUUAAUCCAACACCCAAAGAACAAAAUGCAGAGAGCAGCAGAGGGUAUAGUGCCUCUCCAGCUCCGUCCUUCAAAAAUGUAACCACGCAUGGACAUAAACUACCUAAACAGUCUCCCCCUGUUAUGACAGAAAAACAAGCAACGUCUGAAGUCCAGUUAGGCAGUGAGCAGGAAUUACAGAUCCAGACCCCUCAAGCAGUCCUGUCUGAAAAUGACCGGGAUCCUCAUGAAGCACAAGGUGAAGAUGAAGAGAGUGAGGAAGCUGAAAAUGAAACAUCUGAAGGACACGUGCCGCUAGAAUUGUUUGCAGAGUUUCUACAGGCUGUGAUGACAAAGAAUUACAAACUUGCCAAGAAACUCUGUCAAAUGAUUCUUAUUUAUGAGCCCCAGAACUCAGAAGCCAAGAAGUUCCUGCCUCUUAUUGAAGAGAAGUUACUGAUAGAAGCAGAGGAAGAAUCAGACAAUGAUAAUGAUGAAUCUGAUGAAUUUGACACAUCUGAUGAUGAUGAUGAUGAUGAUGAUGAUGAAGAGGAUGAUGGCAGUGAUGAUGAUGAUGAUAAUAAUUCUUCAGAUAGCUGUGACACAGAUGAAGAAUCCACUGACAGCACAGACGAUACAUUAUCAUCUUCAUCAUAAACAAGCAAAACAAAUUUUUUAAAAGAUCUAGCAGAGUGCCUUUCCCAGAUUCUAAAGCACACAUGCUAUUGUUGUGGUAUUAUUUUCAUAUUAAAUAAUAAGGUCUUUUGCUCAUAUACAUAAUGUGACAUGUUGAGGACCUCAUA